GACUAACUUCGUUGUGAGUAACUUUGAUCGUGUUGUAGUUAUUGAUAUUCUUUAUGUUAUUGUUUUGCAUCUAUAUCCUAUAGAUAAAUUGGGAAAUUUAUAUCUUGGGUUAUAUUCAUGAUAAUCCAGAAAAAACAUGAAUACUUUACUAAAAUGGUGAUGCAGAUUUAUAUGCAUCACAAACUACAACUAAGCCGACAUAUGAACCAGACCACUAUUGUUUACAAUCAACAACUUGUGGGGAAGAUAUCAUAUUUAUACCUAAGAGCUUUAAGCGGCCUGUGAGUAUUGGAGUUUAUGGCCAUCCAUCUCAUGAAAUUAGCAAAUAUACUCUAUUAGUAUUUGAUGUAAUGGUUGAAGACGAUAUACCUUAUGACCAAGCAUCGAGAAAUACUUACAAGGAUCAAGAUAACAAGGUAAAGAGUGCACAUUUCAUUUUUUGCUAACCUAAUAUGGUACUUUAUGGAAUUCUUGCUUCAACUAUUAUUGUAAACAUUAGAGUGAUUAGGAAAUCUAAGUAAAAAGUCAGUUGGAAGUUAACAGUAAACAUGUUGGAGUAUGAGAAUCAAAUCUUUCUUGAAAUCCUUCAAGAGGAUGGAUUAGUUAUUAUCGCUAAGGGUCUUGGAAUAGAAACUGUUUUUGCAAAUAUACUGAAAGCUUACUCAGAUCCAGGCAAUUUGGUUAUAGUUCUGGGAACCACUGAUUACGAUGAGCGUUAUCUCAUAGAGUUACUAAAAAAUUAUGGAACAAAUAUGUUACCACGUAUAGUGAAUGCUGAAUGUUCUUCUAAUGAAAGGGAAAUCAUGUACUUGGAGGGUGGAGUACUAUUUAUAUCAGGCCGUAUCUUGGUAGUAGAUCUGUUGAAGAAUAGAGUUCCAUUACACUUGAUCACUGGAAUACUCGUGUACAGGGCUCACAAUAUUUUGAACGCAUAUCAAGAAGCGUUUGCAUUGCGUUUGUAUAGACAAAACAACAAGAUCGGAUUUAUCAAAGCGUUUACGAAUUCGUCGCUUGCCUUUACAGUUGGAUAUUCUCGAGUAGAAAGAGUCAUGAAAGCUCUUUUUGUAAAAAAAUUGUAUUUAUGGCCGCGCUUCCACACUAUUAUAAAUAACUGUUUAUCUAAACAUAAGCCCGAAGUUAUAGAGUUGCACGUCAGGUUUACACCAAAGAUGCAACACAUUCAAACGACUUUACUAGAUAUUAUGAAUUACAUAGUGAAGGAAUUGAAAAGACUCAAUAAAUAUUUAGACUUGGACGAACUAACUGUGGAGAAUGCAAUAGCAAAGAAAUUCCACAAACAAUUACAUUUACAGUUAGAUCCAAUUUGGCAUCAACUUAGUUCCACAACAAAACAAUUGUUUUCCGAUUUAAAAACAUUACGAUCUCUCAUUAUAUCUCUGACAUACGAAGAUUCUGUUUCGUUCUAUCUUAUGUUAAAUCGUUUACGCACGAUGGAUUAUGCUGUAAAGGCCAGUGGUUGGAUAAUGUUAGAUGAAGCUGAGAAUUUGUUUAAAUAUGCUAAGAGCAGAGUUUAUACAGAGAAAAACGAAUUGAAACCAGAGACGAAUCCAAAAUGGGAAGCCUUGAAAGAAGCUGUGCUCGAGAUUAAGAAACAAAAAUGUAAAAAUAAGGAGAACGAUGAAAAUGAGAUAAUUCUUAUCUUAGUACACGAUAAUAAUAUAUGUUAUCAAUUGAAAAAUUGUUUAACUAUGGAUGCAAACGAAUAUUUGCUUUAUGAAGCACUGAAAAAACUGCCGCACACUAAAGAGCAAAAGACAAAUGGCAAUGAUAAAAAGAAUAUGAAGGAUCAACCGACAACUGAAAGUAAUACGGACAAAGAUAUGCAGGAACAUCAAGAUACUUACGUGCUAACAUUAUCGCAAAAGUGUGUAGAAGAAGAUCAGCCGAGUACUUCUACAGAGGAUGCAAAACAUCAGACUCUAUUCGAAGAAUGUUCGCAGAUUGCAGACUUAGACUUAACUAAUUGUGCAACAACCAUGCCUAUCAUUAUUAUACGAGCCAUAAAAAAAGGUGGAGACCCGAUGACACUGCAGCGAACAUUAACAGAGUAUAUGCCAAAAAAUAUAAUUUUGUAUAUAGCUGAUAUUGGUACUGUUAGACAGUUGGAGGUAUAUCAGAAUAAUAAUCCGUCAUUAGAUUUAAAAGUAUACUUUUUAAUUUACGGAGGAUCUGUCGAGGAGCAAGAAUAUCUUACUUCUUUGCGACGAGAAAAGGAAGCGUUUAACUCUUUAAUUAACACAAAGACAACCAUGGUUGUACCUGAAGAUCAAGAUGGGAAAUCAGAGGAUUGUCUGACUCUCGCGAUUCAGUCGGACAGUACAAGUGAAGAAAACACACGUAAGGGUGGAAUGCAACCUGAAGCCAUAGUGAUCCAAAAAGUUAUUGUCGAUAUGAGAGAAUUCAGAAGUGAGUUACCUGCCAUUCUAUACACACGCGGUAUCAAAAUUGAACCAGUGACGUUAGUGGUGGGUGAUUAUAUCCUUACACCUGAAAUAUGCGUUGAGAGAAAAAGCAUAUCUGAUCUUAUUGGUUCUUUACUUUCCGGAAGAUUGUAUAAUCAAGCAGUCGCUAUGACAAGACAUUACGCCAAACCCAUGCUUCUUAUAGAAUUUGAUCAGAAUAAACCAUUCUGUUUUCAGGGAAACUAUUAUGUCAGUAGAGACCUUAAAAAUACAGAGAUAACAGCAAAGCUACAAUUAUUGACACUUCAUUUUCCUAAAUUAAAACUCGUAUGGUCUCCCAGUCCACACGCGACAGCGCAAUUAUUCGAAGAAUUGAAGCAACAACGAAAUCAGCCCGAUUCAAGUAUAGCCGCUAAAAUCGGAGCAGAUGAAAAUACGGAAGACAAGUUGAUGGCAGAAAAAUAUAACCCUCGCAUCCAAGAUAUUGUAGCCAAAUUGCCUGGUGUACAUUCGAAAAAUUUACGUAUUUUACUGAAUAAAGGCCAUUCAUUAGAUCACCUUAUCAAACUUUCAAAGGAGGAACUAAAAGAAAUACUUGGGAAUACAAAUGAUGCUGAAUUACUGUUUAAAGGUCUACAUGAGGAAUGUUUAUCAGCAAAUGAAGCAUCAAUAACCAACAAAGGUGUUUCUAAAGUUCGUGGUAAAAAGUUUUUCACUAGAGUAAAAAAGUAAUAUAAACUAUAUAUUAUAACAAGAUUUCUAGAUGCAGUAUUGUUAAAUAAUGUAGUUAGCUUCUGUUUAUAACAUUUCCCAUUUUUGAUACCUAUGUGUACUUUAUCCUUUUCAGUGAUUAUUAUAUAUUCAUACAUAUUUCAAUCUUAAAAAUAUAUUUUAUUCAAAGUAUACCUCAUAUAACAUAUGUAUAGAUUCUUUAAAUAAAAUAUAUCGUGUUACUUUUGUUUCACUUGAUACAAUCAGGAAAUAGGGCAUCAUAGAUGAAAUUAACAUGAAUAUGAUUUAUUGAAAUUUGUUGAAAUUUAAUAAAUGUCAACAAAGUGAAUAUAUAACAAGAUUUUGACACUUGCAGUUAAUUUAGCAUAAAAUUAUAAUUAACUGAUAGAAUUGUAAUUAGAAUUGUUCAGGCGAGAAACAGAUUGGAUCUAAAAUUUUGUAAAUAU